GUGUGACAUGAGAUGGUCACAUCAGUGUCUGAACUCUGACAAAGUGUCUUUAAAAUAAUAAACAAGUAUAAAAAUGCGUAUUGUACAGUUUAUUUUACUGUGCUCUUACGGUAUUUCGCAAGGGAAGAGUUCAUUUGGGCCAUGCAGCUCCUGUGUUCCGGUCGAGGAGUGUCCGUUCGUCCGCGACUUGACUGCUGAGGAGCAGCGGGCGUGGAUGACGCAGUACCACUGUGACACUAUCACCAUCGGCACCACCAAGAUAUACGACGGGUUCUCGGCCAUCGCUAAAGGAGAUAGUGUACUUUGCUGUCCUCACAUAAAUCAACUGAAUGAAAACAUUGCAGAGGAAAAACCGAGGGUAGAAAGAAAAGCAAACACCAAAUACAACGCCUCUGUCAUUAACGUAAGAAACCUUCCCGAGAUACACAGAAGAGUACGACAAGUCGACAAUGGAAGCAACCCGUUCUUUCUCAAAAAGACUGUUAAACCCCCUGUUAUCCCUCCUGUAAACCCUCCCGUUAACCCGCCAAUUAACCCUCCUGUUAACCCCCCAAAUGAUCCAACGGAUAAGCAGUGUAGGCCGCUAAGUGACCCGCCAGAACCAGAGAGUGGUUGCUGUGGUAUAGAUACGUCGGAUACUGACAGGAUAACUGACUUAGAAAGCUUCCAGACCACUCACGCACCCCUAGUCAACAAUAAGUGGGAGCAGUUUUUCUUGCCGGCAGCCAAACCAACUGAACGGAAAAUCAAUGGAUCAACAGGGAACAAAACUAAUGUUGUGGAUUUAGACCCUAAAAUAUCAGGUGGCAAUGAAACCGAACUGGAGCAGUAUCCAUGGGCCGUGCUAUUGCGGAUUGUGUUCAGAUUUGGCAACGAAGUGGAGGAGUUUACCUGUGGAGGCUCUCUGAUAAGUGCGAUGUAUGUGAUCACUGCUGCACACUGCGUUCAGGAAAAGGAUGCGACUUUAGUCAAACUCGACAUCACUUUAGCGGAGUACGACAAGCGAACUUUCCCCAACGAUUGUAUUGCGGCGGGCGAAGGUCGGAAGUGUAUUCAAAAUAUCGUAAUUCCCGCCCAGAGCGUAACAGUUCACCCUUCGUACGAGGAGACUUGGCUCCAUAAUGACAUCGCUGUAAUAAAACUCCGCUUCCCCGCGCCCUACACGAACGCCAUCAGCCCUAUAUGUUUGGCGCCGCUCAACAUAGACACACCGGUGCUGACCAAUCUCUCCCUGGCGGUGGCGGGCUGGGGACAGAACCGUCAGUUCUUCACUAAUGUCAAACAGUCGACGAUCCUCAAACUCAUCUCGAAGGAGGAGUGCGAGAAAUCCUACCCGAAUAUAUCAAAGGACCACAUCUGUGCUGUGGGUAGUACGGGACAAGAUACUUGUAGAGGCGAUUCAGGAGGACCACUGAUGGUGCUGUCCCGAGGACGGUACUACCUGAUGGGUGUGGUGAGCGGGAAGAGAGCUGACAGCCCCUGCGGCUCCACCGUCCCGUCUCUCUUCACAAACGUCUUCAACUAUAUUGACUGGAUAAAGGGGGUUUUAAGACGAGACCAGUUGAGUUUCUCUGGGGUUCCAGGUGCUACGGUGACCUAAAAGUAAUUUGAUUUGAAAUUGCAGAAAUUCAUUGGCAUGUUUACAUAAUAAAGACAAUUUCUGAUUCAGACGGCCUUGGUCCUUGACACAAAAUUUUUUUGUUGUUUGCGUCACCGCUGACUGUGGGCCUAUUUUAUUUUUUGUCCCUGGGUCACCUAGCGACGCCACUGGACAUUUUAUUCCUAGGAUAGUAUCUAAACUUAUAUUGAUAAAUCUUAUGUUAUGUAAUAAACAAAUAACCUGUAGUAUUGUUAUCUUA